CCACAAAGACUUCGUUCUCAGAGAAAGAUUGAAAGAUUAUUUCCUUGAGCUUAAGGACUGAAAUUGUCCGUAAAAGAUGAGCGAGGUUGGCUAUGUUGCGGAAAGAGAGAGAUGUGCGAAGUUUUUGAAAAAAUACCAAAGCUCGAGCGAACCUGUUCGUUUCAAAUACAUGACAUUGCUGCAAAAUAUUUCGAACGGACAACGGGAGAGUCUCGACAUAUGCCUAACUGAUGUUGAAGAGUUUUGUGCGAAGGAAGAAGGGUUCCAAGACUUUUACACUCGUGUUCAGUCUAAUGCGAGACGAUACUUGGCUUUAUUUGCAGAGGCUGCGGACAAAUUGUUACCUGAAAGCUCGAGCAGCAGCAGCUUUUCUGAAGCAGACUCCUUUCAGAUCCUUCUGCAGCAGAGGGAACAAACCGUUGCCUCCAAAGUAGAUCAUGGGAAUCUCCCUGAACGGAUACCUGACACACUGCGACGGAGAUUUCGUGUUUAUUUCAAACCAGAUGCAAAAAAUAAGAAUAGGGCCAUCCGGGACAUACGUGCAGCAGACAUUGGACGCAUAGUAUCUUUCGAGGGUAUAUGCACGAGAGUCGGUGAUGUAAAACCACUUUUGGAGGUUGCCUGUUUCACUUGCGACAGUUGCGGUUCUGAGCUUUAUCAGGAAAUUUCUGGAGACACUUUCAAUCCGAUUGUCAAGUGUCCAUCUAUGCUCUGCCAGAGUGGAAAGCUCUUUCUUGAAACUCGAGCUUCAAAGUUUGUGAAAUGCCAGGAGGUCAGGCUUCAAGAGCUAUCAGAGGAUGUUCCUGUUGGUCACAUUCCACGUUCUUUAACCGUUCAAGUCAAAGGAGAACUAACAAGGUCACUCGGUCCGGGUGAUGUGGUUAAUAUUUCUGGUAUUUUUCUGCCGAAGCCCUUCAUCGGUUGCAAGGCUAUGCAAGCGGGGCUAGUAGCAGAUACAUAUGUUGAAGCAAUGGAUGUCAGUCGCUGUAAAACCAGAUAUACAGACUUUUCCGUUUCUGCUGUCGACAUGGCCACUUUACGACAUCACCGCGGGAAGUCCAAGGAUAUUUACAAUAGACUUGCUCAGUCGAUCGCCCCAGAAAUAUAUGGACAUGAAGACAUAAAAAAAGCUCUUCUCUUAAUGCUCUGUGGUGGUGUAACUCGGAAACUAUUAGAUGGCAUAAAAAUUCGUGGGGACAUACAUUUGUGCCUAAUGGGUGACCCCGGUGUGGCAAAAUCUCAGCUCCUGAAGCACAUCGUAACUGUUGCUCCAAGGGCUGUUUAUACUACUGGUCGAGGAAGCAGUGGUGUUGGACUGACUGCAUCUGUGCAGCGUGACACAGUCACUGGAGAAAUGAUACUUGAAGGUGGGGCUCUAGUCCUCGCUGAUAAUGGGAUCUGCUGCAUAGACGAAUUCGACAAGAUGGACGAGAGUGAUCGUACAGCAAUUCACGAAGUCAUGGAGCAGCAAACUGUUAGCAUCGCGAAGGCUGGUAUUACAACAACUUUGAAUGCUCGAACCGCUGUUCUUGCUGCAGCUAAUCCAGCAUUCGGGAGAUACAAUAUUGCCGCAACACCACAAGAUAAUAUCAAUCUUCCAGCAGCUCUCCUGAGCCGGUUCGACUUGAUGUGGUUAAUUUUGGAUGUUGCGAGUUCAGAAGCGGACACUGCACUCGCACAACACGUGCUACAUGUUCACAGGGAAGGGAAACCUCCGGAAUUGUCAUUUUCUCCGAUUUCACCUGGCGACCUACGUGCAUACGUAGCGCAUGCGCGGACGUUUCACCCAAGUAUACCAGUUGAGUUGUCAAGCUACAUAACUACAGCGUAUGCAGAAAUGCGCCAGGCUGAGACGAUUGCCGGAGAAAAAGCCUUGGGUUACACGACGGCUCGAACCCUUUUAUCUAUACUCCGCUUAUCCGAAGCACAUGCCCGUUUGAGAUGGGAUAAUCAUGUGAUAGAAGAUGAUGUUAACGAGGCGCUCCGACUUAUUAAGAUGUCGAAGAUAAACUUAGAGGACUCACUUCAAGAUACUAACUCAACACUUGAUCCUGUUACUUCAGUUUACUUGGCCAUUCGCGACUGGGCGGAUGGGCAUCAUACUAAAGUUGUUCCACGUGAACAGGCAGUUGCCAUUCUUCUUGGUAAAGGUUACUCAGGGGAGGUGCUCGAAGCGUGUGUAGAGGAAUAUGUACAUCUUGACGUAUGGGUUUUGGACGAGGACAGCAACAUCGCGUUUGUAGACUAGAACACUGUCUAGCCUUCUGCUUGUUACGCCUUCAAAAAAAUAACACGAUU